AUGCAAUGCUGUCCUGCAAAUUCAAACGCGUCGCAGAAUUCUAAGCCUUCUUUUCACCUUGCAACUUUGUUUCUCAUUAUAUCCUCAUACAAACCAAUUGAAAGUGUCCACGAGUCUAGAAACACUAUAGAUCCUUUGACUGCCCUUUCCGUCGCAAGCAGUGUCAUUCAAUUCGUGGAUUUCGGCAGCAAGUUGCUCUCCUUCAGUAGGCAGUUGUACAAAUCGAAAGAGGGGGUAUUGACGGAAAAUGUCGAUGUUAAGACUAUCACAGAAGAUAUUACGACGUUAGUAAAGGGAUUAAGGGGGAAACUGCCUGAGCACCGGGGUAUUUCGGUGCUCAAGCCUUCAGAGGACGGUAAGGCCUUAGAUAAGCUCUGCCGAAGAUGUAAAUUAAAGGUCAAAAAGAAGAAAUCAGAGGGAAAGGAGGAAGAAAAAGGGAAAGCAGCAAGCCGGACCCAAGUUGCCGAUUUGAACGUCGGCCCUUCAUUUGCUCUAGGCAAACCCAAAGAGUCAAUUUUGAACUAUGGUAGCUCUAUCAAUUCUAAGCUUCCACAAGCAGCACAUUUUAGAAGCGGUGCCCUCAAUGACCUUGCUGUCCAGCAGUCUCAUACCUCUCAUCAACUUGAACAAUCUACGAGACUUAUUUUGGACACUUUUCUCAACAAUCGCGACGGUUUAGCAAACCAAUUAUCCAAACACGGAAAAUCCGCCCAAAAGAUAAAUGAAUUUCUAAGAGAAAAAUUAGAUGUUGUUGGCCAAUUACAGACCACCAAAAGCCUGAAAGACUCGGAGAACCAGGAUGUCGACAAUUUUGCUACGACACUCUAA